AUGAGCCGUCUGUCGCCGGUCGACGCCCGCAGUUUGAUGCCAGCUCUGGCGGAUGCUGAGUUCGCGAAACUGGUGAGGGCGCCGACUGGAGUCCUGAUCCCGUUCCUCAACAGUAUCUUGGGGCAGAAGGGGGUGGCGAUUACGUCGAUCGAUGGCAGUACGCAUCACGAGGUCAUCCGUGCGGGUCCAGCUCCAGACGAGGACCGUCUCGGUGCUCCGUUCCUCAGGUGCUACCGCAUGGUGGCCAACACGGACCAGGACCAGGUGGUCGACGUUCAGAUCCAGCUCGCGUACCGAGCCUUCGACCUCCAUGGCCAAGUCCCUUACUCCACCGCCCGUCUGGCCGGUAGCCACAAUCCCUUCCCACGAUUCACUGAAGACCCCUUCGAGAAGCACAAUCCGAUACCCUCCGAACAACACAAAGCCUGGCUACUGUGGGGGCCACCGUCGGGAGCCAGACGCAAAAAGGCGGCAUGGCCACCAGUGAAAGAGCCGACGGUCCGCUUCUGCUAUAUCUCUCUGCCGACCUUUCGCGACGUGGUGGGCGACGAGGUCUCCAGCUGCUUGGAAAGACUCCUGUGGAUACUGGCCAACACCGGCCCGAGGGCCGCUUCCCGGUCGCUGCCUGAUUGGAUCCAGGAUGACCCAGCGGCCAAGCUCUGGGUCGAUCUGCUCCGCAAGACAGAAUCUGCAUCUUAA